AUGCAAGAGCUAGAGCUAGUUGCCAUGUCAUAUAUUGUUCACAUUGAAAUAUCCGUCAUGGAGAUCUAUUUUGAACGCAUAGUGACUGAAUCUCCUGAAUCUUUUAUUAUACCAAGUGCUGCUACUCCUGUGGCAAAAGUAAAUCCUAGAGAAUUGAACCCAUAUUUGAAGGAUGGCGGAAGUGGUUAUCCUGAUGAUCCAGAAGGAACAAAGAGUGGUGGCAGCCAACUUCUGUCUACAACUGCUGUUGGUGAUGGAGGUGCAAGUUGGAGGCUUAAAGCCUUGAGACGAGCUCAAGAACAAGCAGAUCGUGAAGGACGGAAGCUUGAUGAGGUGGCAGCAGAACGCUGGGGCUCAAUUAGUCAGCUUGCUGUUUCUGCGUCUUCCGGUAAAGCUGCACCAACCCGUGCUCAUCUUCAUGCUAUCAAUGAUAGGAGGAGAGGGGUAAUGGAUGACAAAGAAGCUGGUGCAAACAAAAGAAAUCAGACUUAUGCUAGAAAGCCAAAUGUGGAUAUCAGCCAACUGGAUGAGGUGGACGUCUUAGCAUGGUGGAAGAAGUACAAGGCAAGCUAUCCGAUACUUUCAAGAAUGGCUCGAGAUAUCCUUACGGUUCAAGUAUCAACCGUGGCUUCGGAGAGCGCAUUUAGCCAAGGAAGACAGCAAAUUGGAGACCAUAGACAUUCAUUAUCCGGCUUUAGCUUGCAAGUACUAGUGUGCAUUCGAGAUUGGAUUAGAUCGGAGCGACGCAACCAAAACUCAGAAGCGGAGCAAGGCGAAGACGAAGAAAUUGAAGAUUUGAUAGCUAGUGGACCGGACCAAAUGGAAGACUUUGAAGAUAUUUCCAUGACCGAAUAUGAUGUGGGGGAAAUUAACGAAAUGGUUCAAAAUUGGUGAUUUUAUUAUUCUACUAUUUUUGUAUAACUCAUGUAUUAUUUGCAAGUUAAAAAAAAUACAACUUGCAAAUAAAUGUUAUCCAAGAAUGAAUAAAAUAUAUGGCUCAUUGAGCUUUCUUCUA